AGAAAGAAAGAAAGAUCACGGUUCACUUCACGGACGAAACGGGUUGUUGUUGAUGAUUGACAUCCUCACGGGAAGCACAUGAGGUAACACGUAUGCUAUCACUGGCAACCGAGUCAUUGUGAUUCACAACUCACAACCCCAUUCACAGAGCCGGAAAAGCUGCCACCACCAGUGGUGCUCCGCCUGCCGGAGACUCGACUCUCAACCUGUCACCGCAUCAGUUCCCACCUCCUCCACUUUUCUGAUUCUCCAAAACCCAAAUAACGGUUCAUCCCUCCUCACCCCUCAAAUCUCCAAAUUCAAAAUUUUGGCGUCAAAGGUUUUAGUUUUUCUCAUCUGGGUACUCUCAGAUUUAACUCGGGAAGCUUUGAAACCUAAAGAUUUAGGCCCUUCGCAGAGAAAGAUGAGAACACCAGCCAAGGGUCACCAUGAAGAGGAAGAGUUUGAGGACGAUGAGUAUGGCUCCAAGAAAGAAGGCCCUUCUUCAAAUAAUAACUCCAAUAGCAAAGAUGCUAAGAAUAAUGACAAGGCUAGUGCUAUACGAUCAAAACAUUCAGUGACAGAGCAGCGAAGGAGGAGCAAGAUAAAUGAGAGAUUCCAGAUAUUGAGAGAUCUUGUACCUCAUAGUGACCAAAAAAGAGAUACGGCUUCAUUCCUACUAGAGGUGAUCGAGUAUGUUCAAUAUUUACAGGAAAAGGUACACAAGUUUGAGGGUUCAUACCAAGGGUGGAGUUCAGAGCCCACAAAGUUGAUACCUUGGAGAAACAGUCAUUGGCGUGUUCAGAAUUUUGUGGGUCAUCCUCCUCAAACCAUAAAAAAUGGACCUGGAGCAGCAUUUUCGGGAAAAUUUGAUGAGAGUAACAUGUCAAUCUCCCCAACAAUGCUUACAAGCCCACAAAAUUUGGUAGACUCAGAUCCUAGCAGGGAUGUUGCUUGCAAGACCUUGGAUCGUCAACCAGAGGCAGCAAACAAGGGAGUUCCUUUACCAAUACCUACAUUAGCCAGUAUGUCUGCUCGCACAAGUGAUGGUAUGCUUACACAGCCUCUUCAGAUACCUGUUUCAGAAUCACAAUCAACUCAGUGCCCUACAACAAGUGAUGGGCCGAACCAACAGGAGGAAUUUAUGGUUGAAGGGGGAACAAUUAGCGUCACUAGUGCUUACUCUCAAGGGUUAUUAAACACUCUGGCCCAAGCGUUGCAGAACGCAGGUUUGGACCUGUCACAGGCCAGCAUCUCAGUGCAGAUUGAUCUUGGUAAGCGUGCCAACAGAGUACUGUCCGCUGGGACAUCCAGUUCUAAGGAUUAUGAAAAUGCUCCCUCUAGCAAUCAAACUAUUGCACAUCAUAGAGAUGCAGGUGUUGGGGAAGAUUCAGAUCAAGCUCAAAAGCGGCUCAAAACAUAGAAGAGUAUUUUUUGGCAUCUCCUUGGCUUUUUUCCGCUUAUAAUUUACUGGCUACUUUGUUUAUGUGUUUUGAACCUCCUUGUGUCAUCUUCAGUGGGCGGGUGCUGUAGUCUGGUAUCUGGUUUGUAGAAUACGUAAAUUAUUCUGAAUGUAUCAAAAUGAGCCUGUUAAGAGGUUCAUUUUCUGGUAAAUAAGUUGGUUCUUCUCUGGUACAUUGGGUUGAAUGUUCAAUGCUAUGAGUCAAAGUUAUUUGUA